CUUGUGAUUGUUAAAAAAGAAGAAGCAUUAAAAUACAUAUUUUCAUACAACAAAGCACAAAAUCUAUUACAUACAUACAUCCGUCAAAGUGUCGUCAAAUGAGAAUAAAAUUGUAAAAAUAUAAAAAUAUAAAAAUUAAAAGUUGCACAAUAUUCCAUUCUCUCUGCGGUUGCAAGCUCAUCCGCAAACAAGUCAAAGCACUACCAGGCAAUCGGCUCGCUUAUCAAUUUUUCUUCGCCUGCGCCUGCGCCUUCCACACCCACCAACUCCAAUCCCAUCUCUCCCAUCUCGCAUUUCACUUCUCGCUUCCUUUGCCGCUUUGCCACUGUCUUCUUGUCGUCAUCGCCAUUGUGUUGCAACAACAAACAAUGUGUAGCCGGAAAUGUUUUCGCGUACACACACUGGUCAUACUCGGCAUCAUAAUCACCAUAGUGCUCGUCUGCAUUGUCGGCAUUACGCUUACAAACAGCAUCAACAUAUCGAAUAUCAUCAAAUUGCGCGAAAAGGUCGCCAGCGAUUCGGCAGCAGCGACCGGUGCGAAUGCUGUGCAAACACGUGCCGCGCUCGUCGAACAACAAUACUCGACACUGCAGCAACACCAUUUGUCGCGUAGCGAUUUGAAUUAUAUUGCCGCAACGCAUCCGAAGAAUUUACAACGAUUCGCCGCCACUGGCAGCGGUAGUAGUGGCAUUGGCGGCCGGAGCGGUGGUGGUGAUCCGGCUAAUUCUGCGGCGCAAAAUAAAAUUGUCAUCGAAAUUGGUGUACGAAAUUUUUCGAGCUCACCAGCUAAUGCCAGCCUCACUGAAGUUAACUCUGCCAACUCAUCGCUGGUGGAUACUUUGAUUACUAGGCUCAUCGAGCCCAUCACAAGCGCCAUCGUUGAUGGCAAUGUUGAUUCGAUUUCGGUACCUGCCACCGCUACGCGCCACCAAGCGAAUGCAUCACUUUCGCAUUUCGUUAAUACGGAGAAGCCGCAACCGCGCGCAAAUCCAACAAAAACGGAAAUCAAUGCUGCUACACUGGCAGCAACAACAGCAGCGACUACGGUUGCUUUAGAGCCAAAGCAGUUUACCUCCCCGGUGACAACAUUGCCAUCAUGGCAAGCUGCAGAUAUGUUGAGCAUUGCCGACCACAAUCCCGGGCAGAUUGAUUUUGCGAAGCGCGAACAUGUCAAGCAGGUAAGUUCUUCAUGACCUAAUUCUACUGGAGUUUGAAUACCGUAAGUGACAUGAUGAAAUAAUGUCUACUC